AUGUCUCCUCCCACAAUCAGCAAUGUCCGCCCGCGGUUCGAGCUCACCGGCCGCACGUACGUCGUCACGGGCGGCGCGCAGGGCAUCGGCUUUGCCCUAUCAACGGCCAUCUGCGAGAUGGGCGGCAACGUCGCCGUCUGGGACAUCCAGCCCGAGCCCAUCGACGAGUUUGGCACGCUGAGCGAGCGCUUCGGAACGAAGACGCUGUACAUCCAGACCGACGUCACCAAGCAGGAGAGCCUGCAGGCGGCGUUCCAGAAGACGCUUGACGAGUUCAAGACAGUGGACGGAUGUGUGCCCGCGGCGGGCAUCGCCAUUGACAAGCCGUUUGUCGACCAGACCUGGGACGAGUUCAAUCGCAUCCAGGAGAUUAAUGUUCGCGGCACAUUCUUCACGGUCCAGCUCGUCACCAAGGAACUGAUCAGGCAAAAGAAGCCCGGCAGCAUCCUCCUCAUCGCCAGCCAGUCGGCGCACAUUGCGCUGCCGGGCUACCGCAUGGCCGCGUAUAAUGCCUCCAAGGGCGGCGUCAUGAUGCUCGCCAAGGUGCUCGGCGUCGAGCUCGCGCCGCACGGCAUCCGCGUCAACACCAUCUCGCCCGGCUUCGUCGACUCGGACAUGACGAGGAGCGUGCGCGAGGCCAAGAGCGUCAAGCGCGAGGGGGAGCAAAUGUGGCUCGCGCCGCCGAACCAGCGCCUAAGCCAGCAGGACGACCUCACCGGCGCGGCGGUCUACUUGCUGAGCGAUGCGUCGAUACACACAACGUCGGCGGACAUUGCGAUUACGGGCGGGCUGCAUGCUGGAACGAUUGAUGGUCUGAUUACGUACGAGAAAUGA